UUGUCGCUAAGAGAGUUGUGUUUUUCUCACCCUUGUAUUUUGAUGACAUCAGUAUUACUGCUGUAAGAGGGAGGAGUCCGAGAAGGGGGACGAGAAGGAACCGGAGUUUGACACCAUGUCGCCGUCCCACCCCCUGGCUCUGACAGCUCCCCCUACACCCUCCACGCCGGAGCACUACAGCGACGAGCCUGAGUCUUACCCUCCCAUGUUCCUCACCGAAACAAACGGGCCCACGGGGUACUCGCCUACGCCUCCCCCACGUAGGUGCCAGCGCUCGCACGCCUUCUGCUCGACCUGCACCCGCUGCAUGCUACCGUUCUAUCUGCAGCACCCGAAGCGGAUGUGCAACGGAGGGGGCGGGAUCGGCUACAGGACUGUGCAGCAGCAGGACCUGGAACUGCCCAGGGAUCUGACCAACUUUUAUCAGAAGCUCAACCUCAUCCACUCGCUGACCACGCGAGAGGUGGUGACCCACAGUGUGAGCACCGACGUGUAGGAGCAGCUGCCGAGACGGCAGUGCUGCCCAGAGGGCGAGCGGUGGCGACAGUGGACCGGUGAUCUGAAUUCUAAAGAGACACUGCGCUGCAGUAAGAGGUCAACAUACGUUUUAGCCACUUUAGACACAGUACUGACCAGUCCCGUGUAGUUUGGUUUUUCACUUACCGAGUACCUUAGGAGGAUAAAUACAGUAUAUUUGUAUAUAUGUGUCAAACAUCAAUGAAAGUCUUAUCUAUUCAAGUAGAAAACCAGGUGCAGCAUGAAAAACGUCGAAGACCAAAUAAGUUUUCAUUGUCGUCCGUUAUUUCUUUUUAGGACUGGGGUCCAACGGGGGGGUUGGAGCCAAUCACAACCAUUUACACCUGGACAGUCUGACAGUAUGUAGAUAAACAACAGUUGACACUGCCAUUGCUUACAGUACUUACACUGGCAGAACAGGCAACCUGUUACUGCUGAGAA